AUGCCUCUUAUGAAGAAGUCAUUCCCAUCUAGGGAAUUGGAAAUCGAACGACCAAAUUCCAGAGCUUCGAUAGUCUCAAGUUUCGCCAAUUUCGACUACGACGACAAUUCAAAUAUUGACAUUGAUAUGGAAGCUUCAGUGAUGAAUAGGUCAAGGCCAAAGAAGACGCCCAGCAUGCCCAAGAUACCCAAGAUACCCACUAUACCUCAGAGAAACAGCAAGAGAACUUCGACGAUAUUGAACAAUGUUAUGACGGAAUUGAAGUGUAUGGAUGGCUUUGAAGCUACAAAAGAGGUGGUGGUGGAAGAACCAGAAUCUGAAAUAUCAAAUCCUCAUGAAUUAUAUCUUUCGAGCGAAGAAGAUGCUUCACUCUCAGACACGGACUCGAUACUCGAUUUCGAAAUUGCUCCUCCUGCCAAACACCCUGGGCCUCGAAGUUCCUCUCGUGCAUCUGCUGAAGUAACCGCAAGAGUAGUCUCCUUUACUCUUGUCUCAAAACCUCGAGUGGUGGAAAUUCCCCGUCCUACAAGCUUUCACUCGAAUCCCACAUCUCGCAAUGUUUCCCCUGUCACCGACUAUCAAAUCCGCCAUUCAGUCGCAGGUAUCGCAUCAUUAGCGCCCAUCCCCUCACCACAUCCUCCACGACGAAGCUCCCGACAGAGCUCACCACGUCGAAGCUCCGCCCGUCGUCUCUCCAUCUCAUCACUGGGUGCCCUCUCCAAAAUCAACACAAAUUACCCCAAUGCCUCCAGCAUGACCCUCCCCCAACAACCCUCCAAACUCAACUCCACCACCACCUUCUUGCAACCCGUCUCCGCCUCCUCCAAUCCCUCCCCCCAACACGCCUUCCUCUCCUCCGACCCCUUUCCCUCACCCACGCCCUCUCCCCAAAACGACAACUGCCCAGUCUUUUCUGAACUCGAGCAGAAUUUCCAAUCUCGCCGUCCAAAAUCCAUGCAACCCGAACGUCCUAAAACACCCAAUAGCCUCAUGGAAGGUCUCCAAGGCCUCACUCGCUCUUUCACCAAAUCCGCCAAGAAACGUCCCAGCAUGCCAAAAUUAAACCUGACAUACACAUCCAACAUUGUUCCCACCACUCAUAGCAAUACCUCGCGAUCAUCAUUGGUACACAGCAAUACAUCGAAAACGAGUUUAGUCACAGUCGAUGAGCGCACGCCUAAAGAGAGUAAAUUCGGGAGCAUGAAGAGAUCAUCCACGGCACCCAUGUUUAUGCAUGAAGAAAAGGCAAAGGGAAGAAGAGCUCAGGAAACACAAUCGGCGAUCGAAGAGAAAGCGCCACUGAGAUAUGAGGAUAUCAUGAGAAAUGUCAUACGCGAACCACCACCAAAAACCCCAAUCACUCCUCAGAGUACGAGUAGUCCGGGUUUAAUGGGUUGGAUGGGUAUGGGUAUGGGAAAUAGAAGGAAGAGUCUCAAGAAAUAA